CCACCACUCCUUUCUUCACACACACACUCUCUCACGCGCCGCCACAGAAGAUCCAUCAUCAAAAUGGAAAUGCACAAGAGCUCAUCCUCCUCCUACCUCGGCCCCGGCGGCCUCGACCUUUCCAAAACCUUCUUCACCCCCAUCUCCGGCGGAUCGACGCCGUCCCCCACCAAACGCCCCACCAAGAUCACCGUCGUCGGCGUCGGCAACGUGGGCAUGGCCAUCGCCCAGACCAUCCUCACCCAGGACCUCGCCGACGAGAUCACUCUCGUCGACGCCAUAGAAAACAAGCUCCGCGGCGAGGUUCUCGACCUCCAGCACGCCGCCGCCUUCCUCCCCCGGACCAAGAUCCACGCCUCCGUCGACUACGCCGACACCGCCGACUCCGAUCUGUGCAUCGUCACCGCCGGAGCGCGGCAGAACCCCGGCGAGAGCAGGCUGAACCUCUUGCAGAGGAACGUGGCUCUCUUCAGGCAUAUCGUGCCGCCGCUGGCCAAGUACUCGCCGGAGUCCAUUAUACUGGUGGUGUCGAACCCGGUCGACGUGCUGACGUAUGUGGCGUGGAAGCUUUCCGGGUUUCCCGCGAACCGGGUUAUCGGGUCGGGUACGAACUUGGAUUCGUCCAGGUUCCGGUUCUUGAUUGCUGACCAUCUUGAUGUCAAUGCACAGGACGUGCAGGCAUACAUAGUAGGGGAGCACGGAGAUAGUUCAGUGGCACUAUGGUCAAGCAUAAGCGUAGGAGGAGUCCCGAUCCUCAGCUUCUUAAAGCGCCAGCAAAUUCCGUACGAAAAGGAAACCCUCGAAAGCAUACACAAGGAAGUUGUACAGAGCGCUUACGAAGUCAUACGUUUGAAGGGCUACACUUCUUGGGCUAUCGGCUACUCCGUUGCUAGCUUGGCUCGGAGCUUGCUUCGGGACCAGAGGCGUAUCCACCCUGUCUCCGUCCUCGCAAAGGGCUUGUACGAAAUCGACGGUGGAGAUGUCUUCCUCAGCCUGCCAGCUCAGAUCGGACUCGGCGGAGUUUUGGGUGUUGCUAAUGUGCAUUUAAAUGAUGAGGAAGCUCAGAAGCUGAGAGACUCUGCUAACACCAUUCUUGAAGUGCAGAGCCAGUUGGGGCUUUGAUUUUUUUCAUUUAUUAAUAUUAUUUCUUAUUUUUAAUUAUUUUCGAGCUAUUUUUAUUUUUAUUUUUGUACCGUCGAAUUUGGAUGUUUUUCAUAAAUAUGUGUGAAUGAUUAUGUAUCUACGGUGUAAUGAUAUUCGGUACGUUUUACUCGAUGUGCCCAUGUCAGGGGUGAAAAUGGCAAGAAAGUUUUGAAUUCUGACGAUUAUGAUU